UUACCUGAGUGCUUAGAGAGAAAUCAAGAAUGCUGAAGACACAAUGGAUCCCCUAGUUCAUCUGAGCCCGCUGAGAGUCCGCAUCUCUGCUCUCCCUCACCCCACGCGCCCGCCUCGUCCCUGGGCACCCAACCCUGCACCUUUCGCCUUCUCCAGGAAGCGUAAGUAGAGUUUUCACACCGACACACGGGAGUAAGGUGAACCCUUCCUGUGUAAAUAUGACUGGAUGGAGGUCUCAGUGGCGUCUGGUCCUGCUGAACUCGCUAACAUGUGGCCUGGAGAUCUGCGUGGCAGCUGGGAUCACCUACGUGCCGCCUCUGCUGCUGGAAGCUGGUGUGGAGGAACAGUACAUGACGAUGGUUUUAGGUAUUGGACCUGUUCUGGGACUUCUCUUCAUCCCCCUGAUUGGCUCAGCCAGCGAUCACUGCAACAGUAGCUACGGCCGACGUCGACCCUUCAUAUGGCUGCUGUCACUGGGAGUUCUAAUAGCCCUUUUGAUCAUACCACAUGCUGACGUGUUGGCCGCCAACCUGAGCUGGGGCAGCACCCGCCGCAACCAGGCUCUCCAGGUGGGCCUGCUCAUCCUAGGCGUGGGCCUUUUAGACUUCUGCGGGCAGGUGUGCUUUACACCACUGGAGGCGUUACUCUCGGACCUCUACCGCGAACGGGAUGACUGCGGACAGGCUUUCGCCAUGUUCUCCUUCAUGGUUAGCCUUGGAGGUUGCGUGGGCUACCUGCUACCUGCCCUGGACUGGAGCGGUGGGCUCCUGUCCUUCUAUCUGGGUGGUCAGGCUGAGUGCUUGUUCUCCCUCCUCAUCCUCAUCUUCGUGGUCAGCGUGUUGGUCACCAUGAAAGUGUCCGAGGAACCCUCGUCCACCUUAGAACCGGGGCCAUCGGAGUCCGGUCUGUGUUUUCCGCGCUCAUGCUGCUAUCUGUUUCAGUGUAAGCUGCGGGCUCUGAAGUCCGGUCCGCUCAUGUGCCUGCUGAGGACUUGCUGGUCCAUGACACCGGCCAUUUAUCGCAGCUACUGCCACGUGCCGCAUGUCAUGCGACAGCUGUGUUUGGCACAGCUCUGCAGCUGGAUGGGUGUCAUGUCCUUCAUGCUCUUCUACACGGAUUUUGUCGGUGAGGGGCUGUACGAAGGAGUUCCCAGCGCUGCUCCGGGUACUGACCUCAGGCUACGCUAUGAUGAAGGUAUCCGUAUGGGCAGCCUGGGCCUGUUCCUGCAGUGCGCUACCUCAACCUUCUUCUCACUGGUCAUGAGCAGACUGGUGCAUCUCUUUGGGUCCAGGACGGUCUAUCUGAGCAGCAUGGUGUGUUUCACCGUCUCUGCAGUGGUCAUCUGCUUGUCCAAGAGCGUGCUGUUGGUCACAGCUAUGUCGGCCCUUACUGGCUUUGCCUAUGCAACUCUGCAGACACUGCCUUACACUCUUACCUGCCAUUACCACAAAGAGAAAGAGGUGUACAUGCAAAACAGCAAAACCAAAAAAACGCACACAAAUGGAUUUACCAUCACAAGGGAUUCUGUUUGCCUGACACUAGACAAUGGCCCUGGAGAUCUCAACCACAAGAGUGGCGUUUCCAACGGGCAUGCUCAUCACAAUAGAGAUAAACCAGAGUAUUACCCACCUCUGCACAAUCAGAAUGGUCUGGAAUCAGAGGAUUUUGAGAAACGUGGUGUAGGACUAGACUUUGCCAUUCUGGAUAGCACCUUUCUGUCUCAGGUCUUCCCUACUCUCUUCAUGGGCAUGAUCGUCCAGUUCACAGAGUCAGUCACCGCGUACAUCGCCUCCUCUGCCAUAUUUGGCGCCAUUGGCAUCUAUUUUGCCACCCACAUCAUCUUUGACCAAAAGGACCUCAGAAGCUGAAGAAGUGGUAAUCAUGAGUCAUUUCAGUUGACCUUUUACUAAGCAUCAUCUUAAAUGUUACUGACUAAUCUAUGGAGCCCCUAAAGGGACAAGGUGAUUGGAGGAAAACAUUUGCGUUCUCUCGCAAAAGUGUUUGCUCACAAAAUGAUUUUGUUCCCCCAAGAAGCUUUGUGUUCGCUUGCAAAAUAUUUGUUAGCUCACAAAAACAUUUUUGUUCACUCGCGAAACAUUUUUGUUCGCUCGCAAAACAUUUGCAUUCGCUUGCAAAACUUUGCGUUUUCUUGCAAAAGUAUUACAUUCCUCCUGAGAAACUUUGCAUUGUCUCGCAAAAUAUUUGCGUUUGCUCACAAAAACAUUUGCAUUCUCUCGCAAAACAUUUACGUUCUCUCGCAAAAGUGUUUGUUCACAAAAUGAUUUUGUUCCCCCAAGAAGCUUUGUGUUCGCUCGCAAAACAUUUGUUAGCUCGCAAAAACAUUUUCGUUCGCUUGCAAAAAAUUUGCAUUUGCUUACGAAACAUUUGCGUUUUCUUGCAAAAGUAUUACAUUUCCCCUGAGAAACUUUGCAUUGUCUCACAAAACAUUUGUUAGCUCGCAAAAACAUUUCUGUUCACUCGCAAAACAUUUUUGUUUGCUCGCAAAACAUUUACGUUCUCUCGCAAAAGUUUGUUUGCUCACAAAAUGAUUUUAUUCCCCCAAUAAACUUUGGGCUCGCUCACAAAACAUUUGCAUUCCCUUACAAAGCAUUUGCGUUCUCUCACAAAAUGACUGCUUGCAAAUUUAAGUUUUGUGAGAUAAUGCUAAGUUUCUCAGGGGAACUUCUCUUCUUUCAAAGCUCCUCUAGGGAAUGCACUCAUUUUGUGAGAGAACGCAAAUGUUUUGUGAGAGAACGCAACUUUUUUUGCAAGCGACCCCAAAGUUUCUCAUGAAUGCAAUACUUUUGCGAGAAAACACAAAUGUUUUGUGAGCGAACAAAAUGUUGUUUGAGCAAAUGCAAAUGUUUUGCAAGCGAAUGCAAAGUUUCUCGGAGGAACACAAUACCUUUGCCAGAGAAACACAAAGUUUCUCAGGGGGAAUGCAAUACUUUUGCAAGAGAAACAAAAUUUCUCAGGGGAAUGCAAUACUUUUGUGAAAGAACUCAGUUUCUUGUGGAAAUUUUGUGAGAUCAUUUUUGCAUUUUUCCUCCCAUCUCAUGUCCUCUUAGAGGCUUCGUAUCAGACCUACCUUAGACAAGUUUUUGCUUUUUCUAAUGAAAGUUUAUGUUAGUCCUUUGUACUACAUUUUACUGACUGAUUGUUG